CCUCCCCCGUUUUCCAUUCAAGUUCCUGAAUCUCCACUUCUCCCACUCUUUCAUUCCAUCACCUUCUUCUUCACUACACAUACUCACUCCCACAUUUAUAUAUUACAAUGACUCGUGUAUUAAAGGCCGGUAUCCUUGGUGCCACAGGCACAGUUGGACAGCGUUUCAUCCUCUUGUUGUCUCAGCACCCUGGCUUCUCCAUCCAUGCCCUCGGUGCCUCCCCUCGCUCUGCAGGAAAGUCCUACAUCAAGGCGACCAAGUGGAAAAUGUCCCAGUCCAUUCCUGCGGACGUCCGCGAUAUGGUUGUUCAGGCCUGCGAACCCCAGAACGAGUUUAAGGAGUGCGAUGUUGUCUUUUCGGGACUCGAUGCCGAUGUUGCUGGCGAUAUCGAAAUGGCAUUCCUUAAGGCUGACCUGGCUCUGUUCUCUAACGCCAAGAACUACCGUACACACGAGGAUGUUCCCCUGAUUGUGCCCAUGGCCAACUCUUCGCACUUUAAUCUGCUUCCUUUCCAGCGUACUAAGCACCAGCUCUCCAAGGGAUUCUUGGUCACUAACGCCAACUGUUCGACCACUGGUCUGGUGGUCCCUCUGAAGGCGCUUCAAAAUGCUUUCGGUCCCUUGUCCAGAGUCGUGGUCACUACCAUGCAGGCUGUUUCCGGUGCUGGAUACCCUGGCGUACCAUCGCUUGACAUCAUGGACAAUGUGGUUCCAUUCAUUGGAGGCGAGGAAUCAAAGAUGGAGUGGGAGACACUUAAGAUUCUCGGCGGCUUGAACCAGGAAGCCAAUGGGUUUGAGUUGUUGAAGGGCACCAAGGUCUCGGCGACAUGCAACCGCGUGCCAGUGAUUGAUGGACACACGGAGUGUGUCUCAAUUGAGUUUGAGAGGCGUCCUGCUCCCUCAGUUGAGGAGGUGAUCAAGGUGUUGGAGAACUACCGCACGGAAGCUCAGGAGCUCGGAUGUCACUCUGCACCGGAGCAGGCAAUUAUUGUCAGCAGAGACGAAGACAGGCCACAGCCUCGUCUGGACAGGGAGAACGGCAAUGGAUACAGUGUUACGGUUGGCCGCGUGAGGGAGUGCAAUGUGUUUGACAUCAAGUUGACACUGCUGGUCCACAAUACCAUCCUGGGCGCAGCGGGAUCAGGCGUGUUGCUGGCCGAACUGGCGCAGAAGCUGGGUCUCAUUGUUUAAAGGUGGAAAAGAAGGAUGAGGCAUCGCAAAGGACGAACGAACAAGUGAAGGAAGAUAUUAAAGCAACUCAUAGACAUACCUUCAUGCCAAUGCGAUGUUCACAGUUACCCGGGU